CAACCACUAAAAUGGAGCGGGGCGGGAUUUAUGACCUAUACUGCAGCCAGCCACCAGGAGGUGAUCCAGAUGUUUGGGCUUCACUUUUGGGGAGCUGUCAUGAUGUCCAUUUUAUGUACAGUCACUGUCAGUGACCAGGCUAUACACUAUACUCCCAAGCCCCCUCUCGGAAAAUGCGACAAUUACACUGACUCAGACUCAUACCUGAAAUUUUAUUUUAGAUGAUAUUUUGUUCCUGGGUGGGCAAGUGGUGACUUUGACCUUCAACUCUAAAAACUCAGGUUGAGAUCUUACUUUAGAGAAUGAAGAUUCCUUUUACAUUUUUAUUAGUUUCUGGUCAGCAGAUUCUCUCCACAUCAUCCGUGAGACUGAAAACAUGAGCGGUUUGCGUCAUCUCCGCGCUGAACCACAGCUUCCUCUUGCAGCUGUAUUUUUAGAAAAGAUGGCUGGUUACUAUAAAUGCUGAUAGAUUAUUAAUCUAUUGUUGGACAGUAAAUCACUGUGAAUGAGAAAGUUAACUAUAAAGGACUAAAAUGUAAAAGUUAAACAGUCUUUGGUUGCUCAAACUGAGAAAUUCGGGUAGGUGUAAAGCGGAUAGGCCCUGCUUACAUUAAUUCGGCAAAUUGCAAAAGAGAGAAAAAAAAUACAGACAGUCACAGUGAGGAAGUGACUAAUAGGAAGUAGAUUCUCUAUUUCUCAUUGACACUCACCAGUUCAGAGACUCUGACCGUUGAUAGCUGAGAAGGAGGAGAAAAAAGAGACAAAGAGGCACGAUGGAUGAAUUCAGAUGGAUUCAAAUGUUUUUAUUUCUGAUACUGGAGCUUCAGAUUACAGCAGUGACUGGACAGUUUUCCUCCGUCAUUGUCAGAGAUGGAGAUGAUGCGACUUUGCCUUGUGAAAGUGUGACAGCCAAUCAGGAUAAAUGUGACAAUUCUAACUGGUUCUUCAGCAGUACAGAAUACUCAGUGGAUCUGGUCAAACGUGGACAGAUUCAUGAAAAUACCAAAGUUAAAUCAGACAGACUGAGUGUUACAGCAGACUGUUCUCUGGUUAUAAAGAAGGUCACACAAGAGGAUGUUGGUCAUUAUUUCUGUCGACAGCACAUGUCACAACAAGACGCCGACGUUGUUCUGUCUGUUAUUAGCAUGAAUAAACAUGAAGACAGUGAGCAGGUGACACUGUCCUGCUCUGUGUCAACAUAUGAUCAAUGUAGACACAAAGUGAAGUGGCUGCAUGAGGGUCAUGAUGUGGAUGAAGACGUGACAAUAUUACAGAAUGACUGCUAUGGUACAGUGAGAUUUCCUACUUCUCAUCUCAACCUGAAGUCAACAUAUCCUGAGAUAUUUCAGUGUAAAGUGAAAGAUGGUUACACUAACAAAGAACAUCUGUUUACCUUCAGCCCUCUGUCCUCAGGUGACAAAACAACAACAGCAACAACAGAAGUAACAACAAGAACAACUGUAAACAACCACAAACCAAGGACCAACUCACCAGAGCCCACAAUCAGUGAUACUCCAACACCAGAUGAUUGGUGGUGGUACAUCAUUGCAGCUGUGGGUUUAGCAGCGCUCUUGAUAAUUGUUGUGGUUGUCAUCAGACGGAAGAGAACUACAGGAAACAAAACACAGACAGAUGAAGACACGAGGCUGACUGUAAACCCUGCAGUGACUCAAUCUGCUCCAGAAACCAGUCAGGACAUGGCUGUUCCUGAAGAUGGUGUUUCCUAUGCCUCCAUCAGCUACAUCAAGAAGACCAACAGUGAAGCCCGGUUUGAUCCUGAAGAUGGUGUUUCCUACGCCUCCAUCAGCUACACUAAGAAGACCAACAGUGAAGCCCGGGUUCGGGUUGAAGAUGAUGGUGAUGGUGAAGGUGAUGCAGUGACCUACAGCACUGUGAAAGCUUCCUCUGCUUCUGCUGGAGCCUCCGCAGAUCCCAACAACGUCUACGCUACCAUCAACAAACCCAACAAAUAGUAGACCACAGUGUUCAUAUUAUUACUUUUACUUUAUAUCUGAUUUAUGAUAUUUCACAUUUUAAUUGUAAAUUUUUAUUUAUAUAGUUAUAUCAACUGUCUUUCGUGGUAGUGGUAUUUUUCUCUUUAUCUUCUAUUUUUUGACUGUUUUGCAACACAACAACAACAAAGCAAAUUCCUUGUAUAAAGCUAUUUGGCAAUCAAUCUUUUUCUGAUUCUGAUUAGUUAAAGAUCUAUGAUGAGAAAACCUGCAAGUCGCUUCACCUUUUCUGGUGGAGCUUCUGUUGAUCCAAGCAACCUCUACUCUACCUUCAACAAACCAACCUACAGUGCCUGAGCACCAUUUUACUGGCUUUGGCUGUUUCAGAAUAAAUAUCUGAAUCUUCACCAACUGAGCAAAUCCUCAAAGAUCUGAUCUUGCAAUACAGUGUUUAUGUUUAGGCACUGGCAGCAAAUAAUCUUGCUUUUAAUUCGACAAGCUUACAUUAUUAAUUUCUAGUUGACA